UUAUUAGGAUUGCUUUUUUCUCACUUCAGCAACACCUGAAUUUUACUGUCAUCUGUUGAUCUGUCAAAAAUUGUUCGAAACAUCUUAGUGCUGUGAUAAACAACAAUUGAGGCUAAUUACUACAACAAAUCACUUUAAAUUGUAUCUCACACCUACAUUUUUAUAUACACAUCUGAUUUCAAACAAAAACGACUUGUUUCUGGCACGUCCAGCGCUUUGUGUAAUGUGUGAUAAUUGAAAAUCCGCGCGUUAUGGCAUCUGGUUCCAAAAACGAUAUAGUUAAUAGAUUACUUAACAUAAGAUUAGAUGAUGGAGGUGGUGGAGAUGAGCCGCCGCCGCAGAACAUGCUCCCGUCCAACCAGCAGGCGCGGCAGCUCGGGCAAAUACAGGAGGAAGACAACGGAGAAGUGAGCGAGCCAGCCCCCUCGUCCGCCGCGAUAGAGAACCCUCAACCAAUUAAUAACACUGGCGGCCGCCUGCACAACUGGCAGGCGACGAAGACGACCGUCAAGGAUAGGCUGUCGUUCCUCUUUAACAACGAAAUUCUAAGUGACGUGCAUUUCAUUGUCGGCAAAGACGCCAACCAGCAAGUGAUACCGGCGCACAAGUUUGUGUUGUCCGUGGGCAGCGCGGUGUUCGACGCCAUGUUCAACGGAGUGCUGGCCACAAAGUCUGAUGAGGUAGAGCUGCCUGAUGUGGAGCCCGCAGCCUUCCUACAUUUGCUAAAGUUCCUAUACUCAGACGAGGUGCAGAUUGGGCCAGAGAGUGUGAUGACUACACUGUAUACUGCCAAAAAGUAUGCUGUGGCUGCACUGGAGGAGCAUUGUGUUGAUUUUUUAAAGAGUAAUUUGGGAACUGAUAAUGCAUUUCUGUUAUUAACUCAGGCUCGGUUGUUUGAUGAGCCACAGUUGGCCUCUUUGUGCCUGGAAAUUAUAGAUAAGAAUACUGCUGAUGCAUUAAAUGCUGAAGGCUUCACAGAUAUUGAUCAAGAUACACUAAAUGCAGUUUUGGAGAGGGAUACUCUCCGCAUCAGAGAGGCUAAAAUCUUCUCAGCAGUGAUCCGCUGGUCGGAAGCUGAAUGCAUAAGAAGACAGUUACCAGUUACACCUUCCAAUCAAAGGAUGGUUCUUGGAAGAGCAUUCAACGCCAUCAGAUUUCCUCUAAUGUCGGUAAAAGAAUUUGCCAUGGGCCCUGCGCAAAGUGGUCUCCUGGAUGACCGGGAGAUUGUACAACUGUUCCUAUACUUUACCGUGAAUCCUAAACCUAAUGUUGGGUUCCUAGAUGCCCCAAGGUGUUGUAUGACUGGCAAAGAACUAACGGUAAACAGGUUUCCCCAGACAGACUCAAGGUGGGGAUACUGCGGAACUACUGAUAGAAUUAGGUUUACAGUUGAUCAGAGAAUUUUUGUAGUCGGCUUUGGACUGUAUGGAUCGUAUUAUGGGCCGACGGAGUAUGAGGUGCAUUUACAGAUUGUCCAUUUGGCGACGAAAAAAGUAUGCGGUUCAAAUACGACGACUUUAUGCUGCGACGGUACCGACGACACAUUCCGCGCCAUGUUCAAGGAGCCAGUGGAGAUUCUACCCAACACUUCCUACAUAGCCAGUGCUAAACUUAAGAUGGGUGUGAGGAAAGCACUUCAGCUCAGAAAGACCAAAACGCUCACUGUUACUGUUUAUAAUUGCAAAAAAAAUCCCGCGCAAAAAGGUUGUACGUUCAUAAUAAAGAUCGCUUCGGGCCGGCGCCGGGAAGGCACCGAUUCUUACUACGGUACAAAAGGCCUUCGGUGGGUAACAGUCGACUGCAAUAACGGUGAGAAGGUCGUAUUCCAAUUCUCUUACGCUGCCGGCAAUAAUAACGGCACCUCCGUAGAGGACGGCCAAAUACCGGCCAUUAUUUUCUACAUUUAAUAUUUUAAUCCCGCGUAUAUAGUGGCAACAUUUGUAGCUGGUUCUUAAAUUAAAUUUUAGGCUGGCAACACUUCAUUGAGGAUGUCAUGUGUGUAAUGCUUUUGUGUAGCUUAUGUGCAUAUUUUAUAUCUGUUGUAUCAAGAUUUCUACUUUCUACGGUUUCUGGAAAUAUACCGCCAUUACUGAAAAAAGAUAGAAGAAAGAGAUCCAGCCAGUCUGUCUCGUUUACUCUGACAUCUUGUUUUUUUUAUUAUAGGAGCAUUACAUACAUGUCUAGAAGCCUUUUAUUAGGCCCGUUCCAUUUAUUACACAAACAAAUUUAAAUGGAGCGGGCUUUAUGAAAAGUGAUCUUUUUAAUAAUUAUGUAACAUCGAGAUUUGUAGUCUGAAAUUGAAUUCGUGCGUGCUUUGUGAAAUUGGCUGUCAUUUAGCAUCAAAACUUUUUUUUUUAGACCAGUUGCCCACUACCACAAGUUUCAGUUAAAAUAAUCGACUUUCAUUGGUAGAGGCAAAACUGGGUCUUAUGGACAAUGUAAUAAGUGUCACAUUUUCUAAGCUUUUGUACGUAGUGAAAACGUGGUUUUAAAAUAGAUAUCUUUCAAUAUAUUCGUAACUAUAUAGAUACCAACUCUUUUUAAUCAAUACUUUAGAUAUGCCGUUAAUAAAACAGUGAUUUCAAAAUAACAUAUCAAUCUUCUGCUUCAUAAAGAUUUUUAAAUUCAUAUAUUACUGUAGGACAGGGGUUUUAAAUAAAUAGACAGUAUAAAUGCCAGUUCACGCUUUAAAACUAGCAGACAGGUAAUUGAAUUAAGUAUGUAUAGAAAUUUUGUACGUUGAAGGAACAGUAUUGCUAAAUUAAAACGAAUUUUAGUACAUUUUUGUGUCACAAAAAUUAUUACGUUUAUUCUAAGGCUUCGCAAUAAAGAACUAGAAUAUUUUGUUAUAUUAAAAUGGUGUUGUGGAUUAUUAAUAUUAUUAUGAAUAUUGGACUUCAUCAAGUACUAAUAUUUCCAGUAUUUUAUCUAAAUUUAUGUCCAAUUGAACUGAAAUCAUAGCAGCCAAAGUGUGCAGACUUAUAGGUACUCUAAUUAAUCAUUGUAUAUUAAACAGGACUUUACAACACUGGCAAUACUAAUUUAAUAGCAGUGGUUUUUUUUGCACAAUAACCUCAGUGUUGCCAAUUAAUAAAGAGUCUUAGAUUUCUACUAUUAAAGAUUAUGUAUUGUUUUUCUUGUUUAAUAUGCAUUGGUUAUACUUUAAUGUUAAUAAAAAUUUUAGUAGUAUUAUAAUAUCGCUUCUUCUCUAAUUUAGAAAAGUAUAAACAGUUACGCCACAUUGUAAGAGAAACUUGCUUACUGGCAGACUGUGGCAUUAUGUUGGCAGUGAAUAUUUAGCCAACAUUACAAUGCAAAAUUAAUAAAUAAAAGCUUUUAAAAACAAUUAUACUACGUUGUAAUCACAAUAUUACUGAAGCACAGCCAAUAUACUUUGACCUAUGGUUCAGCGCUGAGAGUGAGACGCCAAUAAGAUUGAACGAUUAUGAGUGAAAGAGAUAACUAUAAGUUUGUAGCGCACUUCAUACUGGUCAAGUUAUGUUGGCUGUGAACCUUCCUUUUUUACGUAAAUCUGUGAUAAGCUUGCGAAAUGAAUGAACAACUUCAUAAUUGUAUUAUUAUAUUUGUUAUGUGUGUGGUAGCUAAAGUAUUUAUGGGACCAUAAAAAAUGGUCGUUUCCUUUCAAAAGUAAAAUAAUUCCUAAAAUGAAUCUUGUUAGUUUGUAAAUAAGUUGAUUAAUUUAUUGUUAUAAUCUUCAUUUAAAUGUUUUAUUAUUUUAUCUGUGCGUCGAUUACGUUUAUGUGUUGACAUUAGAAAAAUAUAUACAAUACCUACCGCAUAAAUGUUUUUAAAAUUAUUAGAUUUUUUUAUAAUGCAUUUGAAUUGCUUUUUCCACAGAUUACAUUUUAUUUAUUAUUGUUUAUUAAACUUAGUUCAAGUGAACUGCCAAAAAAAUAUUAUGAAACAUAAAUAAAUCCGUUAGGUAAAUCAAUAAUAUUUCUUUGGGCAUUUAAUCAUAUUUGCAAGUCUUGUAGUUUACUCAAUGCCAAAGUAAUUUAAAAUCAUUUAUUGUUAAAAUAAAUGAUGAAUAUGUAUAAAAUUAUUACUUAUGUACUAUGUGUGAAAUUGUUAGUCCUUUGUGUGGGUAUAAGUUAAUCCACUUGAUUUCAAGACAGCUAAAUGUUCUCUAAAGUCCAUUUUUGUAUUAAAAAUGGAAUGAUCUAUUUUUCUGCUCUCCCAUUAGUUAUUAAACCACACGAAUGGCUAACAAUAUCCAAUAAGAAUAAUAAGAAUUAUGUAAAAUCCAAUAAUACGUGUAUUUACAAACUCUUCCUUAGUAUAAAAUUAAUAGUCCUUUCUUUAAACUCAAACACCAAGCGGUCACCGGUGACCGCGACCUAUUGUUCUUUAAUUGUGUCUAUAAAACCGGUACUCGACGAGUUAAUCUUCAUAGACCGAAUAAAAGUCAAUAUUGGUACUUUCUAGUCAAAAUAAAUAUAUAUAGACAUGUCCUCAAUGUCUAAAAGGUGCACGGUCUUAUCAAUUUGGACGUAUUUGUAAAAAUAUCCGCGUAUUUUUAUGUAUUUUACACAUACGUCAAUUUUGGUAAUGAUUGUAAAUCAAUCAGUCAAAAAUUAAACAUUAGUUUGAUAUUUUAAUUGUAGAUGUCUGGCAAGUUUUUAUGGAAAAGACAGUUGUGUCUACUUAGCUAAAAGGAUUCCAUUUGAUUCCGUAAUAAUUUCGCUGUUCAAACAUUAAAUUACCUACUUACCUGUAUUAUUUUCAUUCCAUCAAGAAUUCAAGUUAUACCAAAUGGAAUCCUACUCUUGUUUCAUUUCUUCCUCGAAAAUGUAUUGUUCUUGUUAUAUUUAUUUUUGUUUACCUAUACAUAGUUUGACAUUGUAUCUAAUAUUAAACCUUAUUGUGUUUGUAUAAAGUUCGUAUUAGAUUGCGUGGGAGCGGAUGCAGGAAUUGAGGUGUAAUAAGCAUAAGAAAUGGAUUUAAAUGAAACAAUAUUUUGUAUAGAGGAACUGAUGUUGGUCUAGAUGUCGUCAAUAAAUAAUAACACUCAUAAAA